UCAUUUCCGGUGUUAAACAACACUGUGUUUUGAUCUGUUUACAAACUUCUGUGUUAAACAUUAAAUCUGUCUCAGUAUGUCCCGAGGCUCGAGCGCGGGGUUUGAUCGACACAUCACCAUCUUUUCUCCAGAGGGGAGACUCUAUCAAGUCGAAUAUGCAUUCAAAGCCAUUAAUCAAGGAGGUCUUACAUCAGUAGCUGUUCGUGGGAAAGACUGUGCAGUUGUAAUUACGCAAAGAAAAGUUCCAGAUAAGCUGCUCGAUGCAUCCACUGUCACUCAUUUAUUCAGAAUAACAGAAAGUAUUGGUUGUGUGAUGUCUGGGAUGACAGCUGACAGCAGAUCACAGGUGCAGAGGGCAAGGUAUGAGGCGGCAAACUGGAAGUAUAAAUACGGUUAUGAGAUCCCAGUGGACAUGCUUUGUAAGCGCAUUGCUGAUAUCUCGCAGGUGUACACCCAGAACGCAGAGAUGAGGCCACUGGGCUGCUGUAUGAUUGUGCUUGGUGUGGAUGAGGAGCUGGGCCCGCAGGUCUACAAAUGUGACCCCGCAGGCUACUACUGUGGCUUCAAGGCCACUGCUGCUGGAGUGAAGCAAACAGAAGCCACAAGCUUCCUGGAGAAAAAGGUGAAGAAGAAAUUGGAUUGGACCUUUGAACAAACAGUAGAGACUGCAAUAAGUUGCAUGUCUACAGUUCUAGCUAUCGACUUCAAACCUUCAGAGUUGGAGAUCGGUGUUGUUACUACAGAGGACCCCAGAUUCAGAAUUUUGUCAGAGUCUGAAAUUGACGCCCAUCUUGUGGCCCUCACUGAGCGCGAUUGAGAAUAUCUGCAUGAGUCUGUAUCCUGUGACAGAAAUGUUUGAGAAUGAAUACCAUAUGUCCUAAAUAUUCAGGUCAACUGAUGUUUUUUGCUGUUUAUUUAGCAUUUUUCUUGCAACAGUACAAUAAUAAAAAAUAAAAAAA